AUGAAGAAUGGUGCACUUGCGCAAGCGGCUGCGCUCGAAGUGGUUAAAAUCCAAAAAGGAGAUCUUGGUAGCCCCUUACGCAGCUACAGUGUGCUUCAUGUCUUUCUGAUCGUACUGUGGGAUGCGAAAGCUGCCGUGACCACUACUUUUCAUCCCACUGUUGCGAUGCUAUUUGGCGGAUUUCUGGCUAUCGCCGUGGCAAACGUCAUUUUCCCGGUUGUGAGCGAGCCGAACAGGGGAGACGUCUUGCCUUGCGAAGAUUUCUGCAGACACGCCUGUUCGACAAAAAGAACCUCUGCAGCAUUUCGGGAGAAUUUCCUGAAUGAGUUUAAUGCAAUGCUAAACGACGAACUGCGCUAUUUCCCUGAUGCCUUCGACCGAAUGAUUACAGAUGUAACGAGAAAGAGUCCGAGAAUUAAAAAUGAGGAAUUUACUCGCGAGCUGAAGAAAAGGUGCACUGAUGCUGACUUCAUUGAAAACUAUCUUCGGGCAGCAAUUGAGGAGAUAGGAGACUCAUCUCCUCUGGACAAUUCGAAAUGCUCUGAAAUGGCUGCAACUAUCACCGAGAUAGUCCUCGAUGACAACAGAGAGCCUACGGAGCAAGUUGUAGAUGUCAUCAAGAAAGUGCGAGAUAUGAUUGCAUUUGAUAAGUUGAGAGAAGAGAAACCGAGAAUCCCAGACGCUUUCCGCUUGACUACAGAAUUCUUCAACGCUCUUCAACAAGGUUACCUGGCAUUCAUAAACAGCACGUCCAGCACAUUACAGUCUCCAGAAGCAGCACACUGGUAUCAAACGACAAGUCGUCUGAGCCUAGAGUUACCAAUGAGAACGAAUAAGUUCUUUAGAAAUGAACACCUGGAUAUACUUACUAAUGAAUAUUUCAAUUGCACAGAAAAGUGGGUGCUCGGUAUCGAUGGUCGUGAGAAAGCGUUCUGUCUGUCAAGAGCAUGGCGUUUAGCUUAUGAAACGAUCCCAAUGCCAACCAGGCUAGCAGAGUUUCUGCACGAUCUGCGAAGCCUCAACGUUCGUGUGGUGAACAAUAGGAUUUAUGUGAGGCCUGCAUACGCACUCCUCCUUCUGAACACCACGGACGAAGCAGUGUUGCUGUCUACCCUUGGUUCCGAGAUUGCUCGAGAAAUCACUCGUGCCAGCUACGAGGCGCCACUGGCAAUUCAUCGUUGCUUCCGACAACAUAUGAAGGAUAACUGUGAUGAAACACCGGAGGAAUGCAACGACGAGGCAAACGAGUUUCUCUUCAAAGCAGUAGCACUCAGAGCAACCUUCAACAUUCUCCAGAAAAAGCAGGAUAAGUAUUCAGAAGAGAACAGUCGGAAAUUCUUCUACUCCAGCGCCUUCUUGGAUUGUGCUAAUGAGCCUUCACCAACCUUCUCCUUGAUGAACGGUGUGUUUUCGCAGAGUGACGACUUCCAACGUGUUUUCGCCUGUGGACAGUCGACUGCAAUGUUUCUACCUCAGGAGAGGAUAUGCGGGCUGCUCUAA